AUGCUUUCAAAUUGGAGGAUAAAUGGAAGCUAUGAAAGUUCAGAAUCUACUAAGAUAAAUUAUGGUGUGAAACGUAGGAGGUAUGAAGUAGAGGAUGUUGCAGGGUGUGAAAAGUUGAAAGGGGUUGUGCCUCAACAAAAUGGACAUUGGGGUGCACAAAUAUAUGCAAAUCACCAAAGAAUAUGGUUAGGGACAUUCAAAUCUGAAAGAGAUGCUGCCAUGGCUUACGACAGCGCCACCAUUAAGCUCAGAAGCAGAGAAAGCCAUAGAAACUUUGCAUGGAAUAACCAAACAGUUCAAGAACCUAUGUUUCAAAGUCAAUAUAGCAUGGAAACAAUUAUGAUCAUGAUUAGAAAUGGAACAUACCCCUCUAAUUUUGCAACAACAUUUCUUAGAAAUAAUGAAAGGCGCCAAGGUGCAGGCAAAGAAGGUGUUGUUAUAGGGGUGAAGGAUGAGGAACAAUUUUCUUGCACACAACUACUUUUUCAAAAAGAAUUAACACCAAGUGAUGUUGGUAAACUCAAUAGGCUUGUCGUCCCGAAAAAACAUGCAGUUACCUAUUUUCCUUUGGUUUGUGGCAAUGACGUGGAAGUUGUGUUUUAUGACAAACUCAUGCGAUUGUGGAAGUUUCGAUAUUGCUAUUGGAAGAGCAGCCAGAGCUAUGUGUUCACUAGAGGAUGGAAUCGGUUUGUGAAGGAUAAGAAAUUGAAGGCCAAAGACACCAUUGUAUUUUAUAGGUGUGAACCUAUAAAUUUGACAAAUAAUAACGGAGAGAGACUGCCGUUGUCAUUAAUUGAUGUAAUCUACAGUGAUAUUGAUGGUAAUAAUAAGAAAAUACAUUCUUUUGAAGAUGCCAAACAUGGAGGCUUAAGGCUCUUUGGCGUAAGUAUCAGCUGA